AUGGUUUCUAGUUUUGUUGCAACCACCUUGGCUGUUGGUCACAAUGCGGUCAAGUCUAUACUCUUCCGAAUCGCAGGUCUCUGUCUGCAAGUCGGCAUGUUCAAGUUCUUUGCUCUCAUCGCAUCAGUCACAAAUGCUUUCACAGCGUAUCUGAUGUUUACGGAAGACUAUAUUCAGAGAACACUCUUUGUAUUCUCUCGAGGAUUUACGCAUCAAGCUGUCAUCGUUUUCUCCUUUACUAUCCUCUUACUCACCUCUGGGCUGUACGACACCUUACUCUGGGGUCUUGAUUCCCCUGGCUACGUCUCACUCAAACGAAAUGUUACUGCUUCCUCCCUUAAGGACCAAUUGCUUAGGAGGCCGGGGUAUGUGGUGUUCUCCUCCACAAGACCAGAAGAUUUCGAUACACUUGACCGUCAUUUCGCAGAUGGCAUGAACGGAAAUUUGUUUCAGUCACAUCUUAAUUUCUCAUUGACCGGCAACGUCGACCUGGGUAAACCUGAGCCCGUACCUCCAACCCAAAAGUUCAAUCUACAGAAGAACAUCGGACCACGAAUAUGGCUGGACAGCGAAGGGUUUUCAGUUUCACCCGAUACAUACGUCACUACCAGCUCGAUAUCCAAUCUUGAGAGAAAGGAAUAUUAUAUUUGUCCUUGGAUUACAGUAACGGAGGGUGAAUCUGCCUCGUGGGAAUGCUCCUUUGACAAUAUCCAUGCAGGUCAGUUUGUCAGAACUCCGCUUGGCCAACCCGAAAUCCACUGGGAUGAUAUUACAGACCAGAGUUACCUAUCUGAAUAUAUGCGGCCGAAUCGAGAGGAUAACCCUUGGUCCUUCUUGGGUUCAGGAGGUGACACCGCCAUGAUGAAGCAAAUGUUUACCGUCACCAAGGGUCGGAGAAGACAUACCUUCCUAGAAAACGUGAUGAAAGUAUCGGCGGUGUACGAUCACAACCAGCCUUUUCCGAGAGACUCGGUACAUGAUCUGGUCAAGCGGACCUGGUCUCUAGAUCCGAGUCAAUGGGAUGAUCCGUAUAUCACCAAAAUUACUGAGAAGAUCCGACACGGCGUGUCGAACAACACUAGCUUCCAAUUUGGCUCUGUUCAAAAGUCCGGGAAUAACACCGUCCUUCAGUUCCACUACGAAUAUUUGAACCUAGUCGCAACGGAAAGCGUAGUUGUAUUUUCACUAUUCCGUAUAUCUCUAAUCAAUAUCACCAUCAUUCGCUCGGAGACACUCCCUGAACCCGUGAAACCUCUGGAGGCUUGUGACCAUUACUACCAUAACCGAGCAACAGGUGGGAAGGUAUAUGGCACCUCAUGCUAUGAACAAGGGAGUUCAAACAAGACCGGAGCUCGAUUCUUUGGUCAAAUCGAUAGCUCCUCUGUUCUCGUUAUUGGCGGAACCCUUGGAGACGGCAGCACCAACGUUAGUUCUGUGGCACUCAAUCAAAAGGGCUUUCAAUGGGUCGCAAACAAUACGGAGAAGCUAGACAACCUUGUGCUGUCAAGAGGCUACAUAAUGGCCAUUGACCCAGGCCUGGUCACGCUGGAGACGAGCAAGGUACAGGCAGCUAUGUCACCCCUUCAAGUCUUACUCGUUAUCCUGCCUAUAAUCUUCUGUGCUGCUAUUUGGGCCUGGCUAUGGCUUCAAGUAGACCCUCAUUACUCCAAUUCGCUUCUUGCCAAUCUUUAUGCGACAACGAAUGUCGGGGACACGAAUACUAGCGCUGAUCCAGGGUAUAUACACACGAUGCCUGACAUCGGUUUGGUCAAGAAGGAUGGAAAGGUUGAGAUGGCCACUUCGACGGGAGUUUUUAUACAUAACCAUUCGGAAACUGUAGGGGACGUGGGUAUAGAGCAUCAGCAGACAGAUCCCCGGGGACACUAUACCCCUAUCCAGAAUCCAUGA